GUUACAUUGCUGAAUUUAACUGCGCUGCACUUGUGGAAUACGAAAUGUCUGGACGUGGUAAGCAAGGUGGCAAGGCUCGUGCUAAAGCCAAAACCCGUUCCUCGCGGGCUGGACUCCAGUUCCCCGUAGGCAGGGUACAUCGCUUGCUCCGCAAAGGCAACUAUGCUGAGCGGGUAGGUGCCGGGGCCCCGGUGUACUUGGCGGCGGUGCUGGAGUACCUGACGGCUGAGAUUUUGGAGCUGGCGGGCAAUGCGGCCCGCGACAACAAGAAAACGCGAAUCAUCCCGCGUCAUUUGCAGCUGGCUAUCCGCAACGAUGAAGAACUCAACAAACUGCUGGGAAAGGUCACCAUUGCUCAGGGUGGUGUCUUACCCAACAUCCAGGCUGUGCUACUACCUAAGAAAACUGAGAGCCACCACAAGGCCAAAUAGAGACUUUAGGAAAAG